GGUGCCUCGCAUCGCUCCCCCGAAGUGCAUGCAACUCACUCCGUUCGAAGUUGUAGCAGCAACGACGUUGCUUGCGAGAGACACACCACUACCCGUCGUGAUCGCUAGCAACUUGGCAAGCAAGCUCGGUCGUCUUCACUUGUCACAUCACACCAGAUGGAGCAAGAGCAAGAGCAAGCAGCGUCGCCUCAGAUGUCCGAUAUCUGCACCUGCAGCAGCAACUCCAUCUCCCUCAACGCGUCGUCGCCGAGCUCCAGCGGCGACUCUGGCAGCGUCAGCGCCGGCGGCAAGGGCAAGAAUUGGCCGCGCAGGGACCUGAAGCACCCAACGUACCGCGGCGUGCGCAUGCGGACCUGGGGCAAGUGGGUGUCCGAGAUCCGGGAGCCCCGCAAGAAGUCCCGCAUCUGGCUCGGCACGUUCGACAACCCGGAGAUGGCCGCGCACGCGCACGACAUCGCCGCGAUCGCCAUCAAGGGCCGCGCCGCGCAUCUCAACUUCCCCGAGCUCGCCCACGAGCUGCCCCGCGCCGCGUCGGCCGCGCCCAAGGAUGUGCAGGCCGCCGCCGCGCUCGCCGCGGCCAUGGUGGCUUUGCCCGUCGGCCCGUCCUGCCACGACGUCGUUGGCGAUGCUGAUACGGAGGAGCUGAAGCCUGAGCAAGCAGCACCGCUGGUUUGCGACGUCGAGAAUGCAACUCAGCUCAGUGGCUACAUUGGACUGGACUACACGUUUUUCGACGUGCCAGAUUCUCUUCUAGAGUUUGGGUUCACGUUGCCGCCGCUGACGUCUUAUUGUGGCUCGCCGUGGGAUGACAUCGCCGACGAGCUCUGCAUGGAGGAGCCCUUGCUGCUCUGGGAGCAUUGAGGGUGGAGGACUAGGCCGCCCAUGCAGUGCAUGCACGGGAUUCUUUUGUUUUUUCAGU